AUGCUAGGCUCUGUGCACCAACUACGGAUGUACGUUGUUCUAUUCUUUAUGUGGAAUUUUAGUUCGAAUCUUUUUUGUGAGGGUUCAGGAUGCUGCCGGACUGGUACUUUGCAUUCAAAGUUUCUAGUGGUCUAUUUACCUUCUGAUGCUGGUUCUUUUCAAAGGAUCGUGGCUUUCAGACUUGAAAGACUCUUAAUAUGUCAAGUGUGUAAGGUGGUUACUCAGGAUCGCCGCGGUGUGUACCCGUGGCCCAACGUGUCUUUAAUUAACUUACAUAAAUCUAAUAUUAAUUACGGGAAUUGGUUCGGAAGGUAUAGCUUUAAUUCAUUCCGUUUUAUCCUGGAUGGUCCAAUAAAUCUCAUUUCCACAUGUUCGUUGGUACAGAAACUUAAUAUGUCUGGUCUUGGAAAGACAUAUUUUUUCUGGAAAAAUGGCCUUCCUUUAUGCCUUUCCCAUAACCGUAAUGUCUAA